AAUAGGAGCAGGGGUCAUCAAACUUGAUCCUGGAGGGUCAGUGUCCUGCAGAGUUUAGGUCUGGAGGAUAUUAAGAUGCCCCUUAUGAAGUCUUUUUAUUUAAUUUCCAAUGUAAGUUACACCCUUUAUGUGUACAAACGUGACACUGAAAUAAAAAAGGUAAGGAUGGGUAAGAAUAUUCCUCAACGGAGAUCUACAGAACACACAAAAAAACCGGUAAUUACAACAAUUCAACACUGAACAUACAACUAAAAAUGACAUAACAUUUUAAAUAUGUCCUAGAUGUCCACAUAAAUGAUCGAACAAAUAAAUAAAACCAGCAAACAAACGCAAGCGUCUGUGAUUCGUCCGUCUUCAUCAGCACUGAGAAAAGUCACAGUUGUCACGUGACCGACGCAGUCUCAUCCCGGCUGGACAGCGCUUUACAAAUCAACAACGAAGCGGCUGACGCAGUUUUCAGAAACCUGAAAAUACCGUUUAACUACCGUGAAAAUGUAUUGUGGAGACUCGUCUGAUCCUGUAAUCGUGAUGUAUUCCGUUUCCAUGGCAGCUGCCCGGAAAUGAGCGGGCUGCGCGUCACAGACGCAGAUACAGUACAGAUAAGAGUCAGUCUAGGGUCGCUCUGUCAUCGGAUAUCAGUGAAAAUGUCUAUUUCCACGUUUCAGAAGCUCACCAUAGUGUCGUGCGUGGUGUUGUGCGUCGCGCUUCUGCUGCCUAAGAUGCUGCUGUCGCGAGGAAAGAGAGACGCGUCUCAAGGAGAAGGGCCCGCAGGUCAUUUUCCUCCCGCACCACACAGAGCGCCUGUAUCUGUGUCCGAGGAGCAGAGGCGCUUCUCCAGAGCUCACAACCCCGAGGCCAUCGCCCGGGCCAAAGGAGCCGGCCCUGGAGGAAAGUCCAACCUCGCCGGCCAGAUCAUUCCCAUCUACGGCUUCGGCAUCUUACUGUACAUCCUGUACAUCCUGUUCAAGAUCACUUCCAAAGGCAAAACCACCAAACCUCCAGAGAGCCGAUUCACCGCGGUCAGAUCAGAAAACACGAAGAGGAAAAUAACUGAUUUUGAGCUGGCUCAGCUGCAGGACAGACUGAACGAGACGAAGGACGUGAUCGAGAGGAUCAUUUCUGCAGCCAGCGCUGGCUCCGACAGUGUGGCGGGAGCCGUGGCCGUGGAUGAGGAGCUGAAGCUGCUGCACCAGCUGCAGGAGAUCACUCGCGUCAUGCAGGAGGGCCGCUUCGUCGACACCGUCCCAGAAAACACCCCGCGCUCCGAUCUUCCGGAGAACGGCGGGAAAGAGCCGAAUGGGCGUUUCUGUUGCGUUCAUUCGCCUUCCGGGAGCACGGACGCUCAGACGGGAGAGAGCCGCGAUCCAGACGCCAGCAGAAACGCAAAGAUGGAGGACUCCACCGGCCAGUCACAGCCUGAGACAGACACUCAAACAGGAAGUGACGGUAAAGCCAGCAUCCUCAGGCGGAGAAACAACGAACGCUCUUAAUAAUAACUAAUGCAUGGCGCUACCGAAGACUGGUUUGCUGCAUGAACACCUUCCAUCUUGUAUUGAGCACUAGCCGUCACUCAGAGGACGUGUUUGUGAGACGAGCAGCUGUGUCAACAUAUCACACUCAAUGGAUGUCCUCUACGGCUCUGAACCAACGAGUAUUCAUGAUCAGUAUCCUCUCUAUUGUACGUGUUCAUAAUGCGAACGAUACGCAAACAGAGUUCAGACUUCAAACCAUCAGGACGUUUCUACCGAGCCGCUGCAUUCAGCACAAAAACCUGAUCGUCCCGUAGACUUCAGAUAUUAUACACCCUACAUUAUCACCUAAAUGUACAGCAAUGUAUUUAUUUUUUCAUUUUUAGUUCCAUUAUUACUUUUCACAAAGCUCUGACUGUAAUUCUUAGGUUUUGCUCCUGCGCUACUCAUUUCAUAGCUUGUGCAGUAAGCACAAUCUUCAUGCUUUUAUCGUUUAUAUCGUCUAUUCUCUUCACACUUUCAUGUCUGCACGAAGGUUUAUUAUUGCCUGCUGUGUUUUGUGUUAAUAAAACCCCACAAACACA